UGUUCAGCAACAAUGACUAGUAUUGGCUUGUGGUAGUUACUAGAUUGAUUAUUUCAAUGGUGCAGAUCGACAAGUUGAGUUUGAGUUGGUAGAAGUGAUCUAACUCUUCUUUGCAUAGAAGUUAGUGUGUGUGUGUGUGUGUGUUAGUAUAUUCUUUGGGUAUGGAGGAAAUCUGACUGCGAAGGUGUUCAUGGUAUUCCUUUUGUUUUACUUUUUUGCUCUGGCUUGUAUAAAGUUGCUGAGAAGGUGUUCAUGGUAUUCAACGUGGAAACAUUCCAAGAGAAAGACCCAGCAUUUUCUACACACUCACUGCGCCCAUGACAAGAACAGGUUCUACAAACAACUGGGAUUAUUUUCAUUGAAAAAGAAGAUUGAAGAUGCUGUUCUCCGAGCUGAGAUGUUGGCCCCAUUGGCACUGGAGCUUGAAGAAGAAAGACGGAAUGAGCAAGAACAACUGAUACGCGACUAUGACCUCUGGGAUGACACUGCUGAGUCCAAUGAGGUUCUUGCCAAAUUGGCUGAUAGUGUUAGAGUGGUUGAUGCUCUCAGAGACUUGACAUAUAAGGCUGAAGAAGCAAAACUUAUUACACAGUUAGCAGAGAUAGAUGCUAUCAAUUAUGGGCUUUUUAGGAAGGCAUAUGAUGCAUAUCUGGAUAUGAGCAAGAUUUUGAAUAAAUAUGAGAUUUCCAAGCUUCUUAAGGGACCAUAG